AUGUCCGGCGACGCACCCCUCUCGCCCACCGCCUCCGAGGCCAAGGAGCUCCUCGAGCAGCGACUCGCCCACCGCCCCGCCGCCGCGGAGCUGGAACAGCAGAACAUCCUGCGCAACCACGGCCUCGCCCCCUCGCUCCAGGCCGCCCGCGACGAGCUGGCAAAGCACCAGCUCGAGGGCAAGGUGGAAAACUUUCUCGAAAAGCGCCCCGAGCGCGACGAGCUCCUCAAAAAGGGCAUCCUCAAAAACGACGGCGACGGCAAAAUCGCACCCGCCCUCCAGGCAAAGAGGGAAGAGCUCGAGAGGAGCAGGCUCGGCGACAAGCUCGAGAAGGAUAUCGCUGCCAGGCCCGAUGCCGACAAGCUGCGCGCUCAGGGCAUCCUCGUCGACGAGUCGUCCUAG